AUAUCUGAAUUAAAGAACACCUACCAGUCAUCGCAGUUACCAGUGACUGAUGACGAGACCAUUCUUCAUAAGUUCUGUGUCAAGCUCGAGACUGUGCUGAGACAUGAGCAAAAGGAAAAAUAUUCUCUUCUUGGGGUGAGAAAGGACUACUGGAAUUUUAUUAGUGACUGCAUUCCUAAAGAUGAUGGAGUCAGAGUUGUUCAUGCUAUACCGCAGGUCAGAACACCCCAAGGCAAAGGAAGAGCUUUCAUUCGCUACUCACUGGUUAAAAAGUCACUGGCAGAUGCAAUUCAGAGGUGUUUGGUCAUGAGAAAACAAUUGAGUGCAUUUUACAAUCCUGCAGCAAUCCUCUGCCACCCCUCCCUGUCAACUGCUCUGGUUAACAAAUUGUAUGACUUGAAUGACCUUGAGUUUGAUCUUCCUUGUGGAGGACAUGAGCUUGAUAUAUCAUGGCCAGCAUUUUCAAGGAGGUCGUUUAUGGACAAUCAAGGUUCUGUAUCUGGUCGACGCAGCAGUGUCAGUAGCAUGACCAGUGUUGACUUGAGGAAUGAGAGACCAGACCCUCUUACUGGCCUAGCAUCAGAGGUUUCAGCUUUAAAAGCGACCUUUGUCGAGGAAAACUCCCUCGGAAAGACAGAACUGUCAGAUGGUGGUUUAGAUAAUGUGAGCAUGGCUGAUUCAACAGUGGAAACUCCUACCAUCACUGAUAUGACAUUGGAAAUCUCUCAUCUUCACCAGCGAAUCUUGAAAUGGAAAGCUGAUAUGGAAUCUCAACUAUCUAAAGCUUCAAAUGAUGCCAAGAAGGCGAACGAUGAUCGAAAGUUUACUAGUCAAGAUUACGAGCUUAAAAUCAAGCAGCUUAAUGAACGAUACAGCAAUUUAACGAAAGGUGUGUCAGAGGAAAUGAAUGCUAAAGUGAAAGAACUGUUUGUAAAGCUAACUACAGCGGAAAAGGCAUUGAGUCAACGGGAAGCCGAGAUCGAGACUCUUAAAGAGGAAGUUAGGGUGUCUGUGAGCUCGUCACAUGAAGCACAAAGGUCCGCCAUUGAACUGGAAAAACUUAUCACGGCCUCGGAGAGAAAACAGAGCGAACUGACUUCUGAAUGCGAGCAAUUAAAAGAACGGCUUAAACGGAAAGAUGAAAUGACUGUAGAACUAGAAACGAAGCUGUCAGAACUAAAAGAAAAGUGUAACAAGCUUGAAUUGUCUGAAACAGAAUCCAACAAAAAAGUUGCAGAGUUGCAGGGAGAGCUCAAAGCAAAAGAAGUAGUGUUAGAGAGAGUGCAAGAAUCUUUUGAAAAGUUGAACGGGAUGGUGUUUGGGUCUUUUGAAGAGCUGGAGAGCGAGUUGAAAGGUAGACUCAUGGAUAGAGAGAGAGGCUUGCAAAACCAAAGCGCUGAAAACAGAAGGCUUGAAACAAACAUGGUGGAGAUCCAGCAACAAAAUAGAGACUUCACGGCUAAACUUGCAGAGGCAAAGGCGAAAAUCGAGGAGUUCGAAAACGCUAGCAUCGAGUCGCAAAACGUGAUUCAAGACUUGAGAACGCAGCUUAAGUCACAGGAGCAGAUGCAAGAAACUUUUCUGUCUGAACUAAACGAAACUUUUCAAAGUCAGGAAGGCGUCGAUGUUCAGGAUGGUCACCACGUGGCAAAAGAUUUCAGCAAAGUUAUUUUAAAGCGAGCCAAGCAUCUUGUAGAAGAGAUGUCAUCCCUUCAUCAUCAACUAAACGAGAAAAGUACUCAGAAGGAACAGUUAGAAGAACAUGUAGCUGAACUGCAGGGGAAUAUUGAACAGAAGAAGAUAGAAAUUAUAAGUUUGAAUGAAGAAGUCGACAGCUCACGAAGAAGAAUCGAAUUUAUUAAUGAAGAAAAAGAUCUCCUUGAAAAGGAGAAAAUGGAAGCGGAUGACAAGCUUGCACAACUCGAGAAAUCAGAACAGUCGUUAAAGUCAGACAUAUCUUUGGUUGUUGAAGAAAAGUGCCAGGCUUUGAAUGAACUGACAACACUUAAAGGCCUUCAAGACGAGGAGCAGAAAAUGAUAUCGCACGCGCAAGACGAACUAGCAGCUCUGAAAGAACAGCUUGAGGAGACUGUUGAAUCUAAACAAAGACUAGAAACCGACUUAGCAAACAUUACAGAUACGCUAACAACAAUAGACGCUGAAAAGAAAGACCUGGAUGACCAGGUCAAAACGUUAGAGGAGAAGAUGUCGAACUGUCAGGACGAGAGGAUCGGCUUGGAGCACGAGUUGGACGUUGCUAGGCAACAACUGGAAGCAGCCAAUGAGGCGAGGAUUCGUGCGGAGCAGGGCCAGGUCAAGGCGCAGGAGCAACUGGAGAGCUUGCGAUGCAUGAUGGAUCAAGAAAUCGCGGCGCUUAAAUUUCAGCUCAGCUCUGAGACAAUGAAAUAUGAAACUGAACUCAAGAGUUUGUCAGAUCAAAUCCAAGAGUAUAACAGUGUGAAAGAGCGCUUAUCAGAACAACAGGAGUUAAUUGCUGACCUAGAAGCUCGUUUAAAAGAACGGAAUGACACUCUACAACACGACAAGCACAAAUACGUGUCGGAAAUAAAACAUCUUCGAAACGAGGUACAACAGUACAAGACUGGAUUUGACGAAAACAAGCUUAAACUGCGCGCGUUGGAAAACGAGCUCCUGUUGACAUCAAAACAGUUGGAAGAGGAACGAUCCAGGCAGCGAGAUCUGAAAAAGAAAGUUGACGAAGUCGAAGAGGAGAAAGGUUUGACAAAUCAGCAGUAUGAGGCAAAAAUAGCUCAGGUGCAGGAAGACAUGGAGGAACUGAAAAACAGGCUGGUUGCGGUAACUAGAGAAAAAGCCGAGUUGUGGCAGAAAGCAGACGACAUGGAGCAUGAAAUAAAGGUGAAAGCUGACGACAGAUGGAUGGAUGACAGCGAAGUAUCGCACUGUCUCGGAUGCAAGGCCGAAUUCUCUUUUCUCGUGAGAAAGCAUCAUUGUAGAAUAUGUGGCCGCAUCUUCUGUCAUAAUUGUUCCAAUAACUGGCUUCAAACUCCUCACAGCAGGAAGCUGCGUCGAGUCUGCAUUGCUUGUUUAAAUGCCGAUAAACGACUCAAACCCCAGCUUGUGGGAAGGCCACCAGAAAUGGAUGAGGAAACCAAAUCAGAUGUCAGUGAAAUAACGUCACAGCGCACCGGAAGCGUGCUGAGUGGCCCGGAUGAAAGCGACACAGGUGGCCUGGACGCUGCCGAUACUCGCAGUGACUCUCAGCCAGGACCCAGUACCUCGAGCGCCGAUCCCCUGGAUCCUCCCCAGUCCACCUCCACCCCUAAAAAGCCCGACAGAAAGGGAACCAAUGACAAGGAGCGAAGCCAGAGCGUUACAAGCGAGGAAAAUCACAAAUAUACUACCUUGAAAUCUGCAAAAAAGGCGGAGGCAAAAGCAGCAGCCAAGAAACCGGUUGAACAACCUGUAGCUCGCGACUCGUCAGCAGAGGAUGAUGACGACGAAGGCUACGAAAUUGUAGACGAAGGUGACGAAGAAGCAUGUGAACAGCCGGAAGCUCAAGUGGUGGUCAGUGAAACCGACAAUCGGGAAGAUUUGGCCAUACCCACGGUGAACGAGGAGCCCGGUCAGUUUUGGCACGUGACCGUACCCCCCGGAAAACGUCACUUGAUCCAAGUGUUAGUGGGAACUACCCGGGCGACGCUGUCUUGGAAGUUUACAACUGAAAAGAAAAGCAUACGUUUUGGAGUUGCGUUUAAACUGUCAGAGACAAAAAAAGACAGCGAGUGUGAGGUAAAGAUUACAAUCUUUCAAAGUUUUAUUUAUUCUUUAUUACUUGAUCCGUUUUAAGAAACUAUCCACCCCGCCUGAGAACCACAUGGAUUUAUUCUUAGAAAGCUCUCAUAUGAUGUCCAGGAUUGAACUGGAAAAUACUUUAGCAACAUUCACUGGGUGGUUUGUCAUGUUCAUAUUUAUACCUCAUACUAAAUCGUACCUUUCAGGUA